UCUCUCACCAGUUUCUGUUAAAAAGACAGCAGCAAGCCUGAAUUUCUGUAACUGCUGUAUUCAUUACAAAUGACAUUAUCCAAGGAAGUAGAGUAUAAGGCUCCUCCAGCACAGCUGGCUAGUACCAGCAUUCCCACAAAAGACAUGGAUUAUAGUUAUAGUCUUGAGCAGAUGAAUGGAGGGGUCUUUAAAUCAGUGGAACCCCCAAAAAGGUCCACAGGCAGGCUAAUUAUGCACAGUAUGGCCAUGUUUGGAAGGGAGUUUUGCUAUGCAGUGGAGGCAGCCUAUGUAACCCCAGUUUUGCUCAGUGUGGGCUUACCUAAGAGCUUAUACAGUCUUGUUUGGCUCAUCAGCCCCAUCUUGGGUUUCAUUCUCCAGCCAGUGGUAGGAUCUGCCAGUGAUCACUGCAGAUCUCGUUGGGGGAGACGCAGGCCAUAUAUCCUCUCUUUGGGAAUCUUGAUGGUGCUGGGAAUGACACUCUACCUCAAUGGAGACACAGCUGUAUCUGCUAUAUUUAAUAGUGCAGCAGAGAAAAGGACAUGGGCUAUAGUUAUUACCAUGCUGGGAGUUGUAGUCUUUGACUUUGCAGCUGACUUCAUUGAUGGACCAAUCAAAGCUUAUUUAUUUGAUGUGUGCUCUCACCAUGACAAGGAGCGGGGGUUGCAUUAUCAUGCUCUCUUUACUGGUCUUGGUGGAGCUCUGGGCUAUGUGACAGGAGCAAUUGACUGGGGAUCUACAAUACUUGGAAGGCUAAUGGGCUCUGAAUUUCAGGUCAUGUUUUUCUUUUCAUCUUCUAUCUUUCUUAUUUUCCUUGCCAUCCAUUUAUGUAGUAUUCCUGAAGUACCUCUUGAAGAUGAAAUCAUGGAAACAAAACUCUUACUAAAACAUGAUGAACAGAAUGGCUAUGGCUCCAUAGAAAAAGCACAGAAUGGUUAUUUAAAAGGAAAAGGUAGAAAGAAAUCAUCACCUAUGGAAGAACAUGAUUCUGAGGAUACAGAAGUGCAGGUGCAGAAGCGAAUGACCAUUAAAUCAUUAAUAAGAGCAUUGUUAACUAUGCCUACUCAUUAUCGUUACUUGUGUUUGAGUCACCUGAUUGGAUGGACGGCUUUUCUCUCCAACAUGUUAUUUUUCACAGACUUCAUGGGACAGAUUGUAUACAAUGGGAAUCCAUAUGCAGAGCAUAAUUCUACAGCAUAUCUUGUUUAUGAAAGAGGGGUGGAAGUUGGCUGCUGGGGCAUGUGCAUUAAUGCAAUCUCUUCAUCACUGUAUUCUUAUUUGCAGAAAAUUCUUUUACCUUACAUUGGACUAAAGGGGCUUUAUUUCACUGGAUAUCUCCUCUUUGGAUUGGGAACAGGGCUGAUUGGAUUGUUCCCCAAUGUCUAUUCCACAUUAGUGCUGUGUUCGCUCUUUGGAGUCAUGUCAAGUACUUUGUAUACAGUGCCUUUCAAUCUCAUAGCAGAAUAUCACAGAGAAGAGGAGUGUGACUCACAGCUGGAUGGGAAGACACCUCCAGAUAACCGAGGGAAAGGAAUCGACUGCGCAGCUCUGACUUGUAUGGUGCAGCUAGCACAAAUAAUCGUAGGAGUGGGUCUUGGUUUCCUUGUCAGCCUUGCUGGGAGUGUCGUAGUGAUUGUGGUCUCUGCAUCUACUGUGUCCUUAAUCGGCUGCUGUUUUGUUGCUGUCUUUGUCAGAUAUGUGGAAUAGAAAAGUAAACAUGUUUAUUUUUUCAGCAAGUGUCGUCAUUUAUUUAUGAUAAUUUUACUUUUUACCAAAUUUAUAUUCUUAUAUAUUUAAAGGGAUAGUAAUUUCAAAAUUUUAAUUAUUAAAUUUACUAUAUUUUCUUUGUAAAGAUUAAACCUAGAUGGGCUAAUAGGCACUCAGUAGUAUACAUGUGUAGAACUCUAUGGCAGCAGUGUUUACAAAAAUGUUAUAAACUGUUGCAAACACAGGUGCCAUAGACUGCUAAAGACACGUGCACACUCCUGAGCUCCUAUAAACCUACCUAGGGUUUCUUUGAAACAUUUCUCUGCAAGGAUACCAAGGGAUUAAAGCAAAUUUGAUAAUAGAAGUCAAUUCUAAAGUUAUUUAAAAUUGCAUGUUCUAUCUGAAAAGUUUAAUCUUGACUUUAAUGUCCCUUUAACUACAAGAAAAAUAAGCAAAAACUAUAGUAGCUAGCUGUAUAUUUUUUAUCAGUGAUGAAUUUUGUAUGUAUCUUCAGUAACAAUAAAGGCUGUUAAUGUUGAUUUUAAAAAA